AUGGUAGUGGAAAAGAAAUCUCAAUGCAAAGUUCAAAAACUGAACAGCGACCGGGACUUCAUCCAGUUAAAAAAGAGAGUUCACCGCGCCCCAAGAGCCAUUCAAAAAAAACUUCGAUCUGAUGCUCAGGUGGCCGAUCUAGAGUUCGACAGUAUAAACGGGGAUUUCAAGCGCCUCAAGCGGCUAGUUAAGUCUUUGUUGCGCAACUGUGAAAAGUACUCGAAUGGAAUCAAUUGUUUUGUUGAACGAUCUCUAGCGCUCUCGAGGCUUUUCGAAUACGUUCUCAAGAGUUCUGCGGAGUGGAAAAUGUCUCAACCUGCGAUGUCGCCAACAUUGGCUGCAACUGAGCCCACUGAUGGCGCCAAAUUCCUUCAAUUCAAUUCCCCCGGGCCCUUGACUUCGCCUUUAGAGCCGUUUAUGUCCCCUAUGCCCUUGAAUAGCAGUGUUUCUGAGUUUUCGAGCAGGCACGACGUGAAAAGAUUUCGAAGGCGCCAGGAAGCUAUCGGAGGACGGAUUGAGGCCGAUUUGAAAUCGAUGGAUAUAAGUCUGCACCAGCCUUUGGCCAAAAUGAUGCAGCUCUUUAUCCAAAUCGGAAGAGUUCUCAAGGAGCGUGAGCUUUGCAUUUUAGACCUAAUGAGCUAUGCCAGCAAGUACAAGCGGUUGAGCAGCAAAAAGCAUAAACGCCUGACAGUUCGACAAGCUCGCAACAAGAGGCGAUACGCACGCGAUUUAGAACUGGAAAAAUUGAAAUACGAGUCACUUACGACCACAAUAAAAGUCGAGCUACAAGUGCUGUUCAAGCUCUUCGCCAAGCUUCUGGAAAACUGGAGCCUCAAUUUCAUGUUGGCCACUUAUUCCAUAGCGUUCACUCUGUACAGUAGGUUGGGGUGCCACGCAGAAGUGCUAGAGAUGAUUAGCGAUCAUGAAGAGCCGUUUGACAGUGCGAAACGUCAAGAAUUGCCCAAAGCCGAGACUUUGUCGCUGCCUAGUGGAUUCCGUAUGCUUCCCCAGAGCCCUACAUCAGCUGUGAACACUGGUCUUUUAAGUAUCGCGGACAUUGUGUCAAAAUUCCGUUCCAGUUUCGAUCCUGUUACGCAACAUAUGAGCAGCUUUCAAGUCACCAGGUUCGAUCUGUUAUAUAGCGCAACACUGUCAUCAGCCAAAGAGAGUGCCAAAGCUAACUUUCGAGACAGCGCUGUGCACGGAAUGGUGCCCACACUGUACGCCACGGCGGUAUACAAUUACACAGAGACAGAUACGGGCUACAACGAUGGCGAUUUGGCAUUUCACUGUGGCGACCUGAUCAAGGUAGUGCGCAAAAGCGAAUCUGGCUGGUGGUAUGGUGAAAGCAUGCGCACCAAAAAGAGAGGGUACUUCCCAGCAAAUUAUGUCGAGGUGAGCAAGUUUGAGUGA